AUGAUUAUCCUGGAUGCCGAGGACGCUUUCAAAUCCAAUGAAGACGGGUCCACAGAAGCCAUAAUCCCAUCCAACAACGGCUGGACGCCUCCUUCUGAUGGUAAAAAGGUGAUUGUUGGAGUUGCGAGCAUCAAGCUAGAGCCGUCGUCGAAGCGUCUCGGCCAAUUCAACUCGAAUGAAGGUAAACACCCAGAGCUACCGCCAAACCUAGGCCGUGACCUCAAUAAGAAGCAUUACAAUUCCUGGGGUCAUAUUUCUAGUGCUACGAAGAAGAGAUACUGCCUCGGAUUCUUGAUAAUGGACAUGCUCGUCGUGCACCCUGCCUACUGGAAGCGAGGCCAUGGGACUAAGCUUGUUAAUUAG